AUGACACAAUGGACAACAUUGCCAACAGUCAAAACCAAAGCAAUGAACAGCAACUGCUUUACCGGGGACGCUGGGAGGGUGUUUAACAGCGUCAGCAACAACAGCAACGGCAGCAUCAUUGGUGUCAGUGCAGUGCAACGAGCGAGCAGCGCAUGUAAAUUGUGGAUUGAAGUUGACCCAGAAAUUACUAAGCCAUUGAACUUGGCCAAUUCGGCUGUGUUGCGCGCCGUCGAAGAAGAAGAGCAAAUGAAGUGCGAUUUAGCGUGUGGACGACAGAGUCGUUCCCGACAGCGCCGGCAACACCCUCCAGCUCCUAAAUACUAUGAGGAGUACUACGAACAAGCCAUGCACACACCAGUGCACCAACAGCAGUUGGAACAAAUCAAAACGCAAUACCUGUGCCAUCAGCACAACAUCACAAUCGACCGUGAUACGGUAUUGAAGAUAAAUCGCCUUGCCACACGCAAGAAUUUGCAUAAACGCGACCACAGCUGGCCGCCACCGAAUAGUGAUUACGCAAUGGAUGGCGAAGCAGUUGCUGGGGGAGCUGACGCAGUGGAGGUAGGUCGUGGUGGAACGCAGUCACUCACGCAUUCGCGCAGUUCUUCAAAAGAACAACGCCAACACCAGCAACAUCACCAUCAGCAACAAACGAACAGCAGAAGUAGCAGCUGCAGCAGCUGUAACAACAAUGCAGUACACUUUGCGGAGAGCGUUUGUAAGCGGCACGGCAUUGAUGCGAUACGCGAGAAAUUCAAUAGUCCCACGCGAAUAAUUGAACCGACGCCCGCCGAGUUGCGGCAACGCAACAAAAUGGAGCAAAUGCAGCUGCAAAAGCAAAAACUGCAAAAAACUGUGAAAAAUAAAUUAGCGCAUGGCACCGAUAGCUCCCGCGAGACGCGCGCCAACGUCUGCACUGUUGGCACUGGUGCGUCGCAACAAACAUUGACAAAUGUGCACAAUAACAGCGCCAAUAUAUCAUCGGUCAAUGCGGCUCUAGAAUCUUUUAGCGUCGCCAUUAUACCGAAUGUAGCUACAACCACGAGUUGGCCCGCGGCCAUGAACAUGAAUGAAAUUGGCGGAGAGCUGACUAAUGUUACCACCACCACUAGCGACUACGAUGCUCUAGAUGACUGCAAUACACCGAUGGCGCGUGGCUUCUCCGCGCCCGAAACUAAAGCGGCUGAUGAAUAUAUCGGACUGGUGGAGCCACGUCGUUAUUACUUUGAACAACUAGCGCGGCAUGAGUUUGGGACUCCUAAAAAAUGGCACAGUUAUGAAAAUAUUGCCACAGCUACAGCCGCGCGGCAACAAUUCACCACGGAAAAUACUACAGCAGCCGCCAUCAAUAAUAAUCGACAAUCACAAUCGCUGGAUCGAGGUCGGAAACAACAACAACAACGUAGACGCGAGGAGUUGCCACCAUUGAAACCGCGCUCCUGUGGCAUCGGCGGUGGUGGUACAGCAAGUGGUGGCAAUAUUCCCGCAGCGCGCAUUACACCACCGUGCAGCGUCACAGAAGUGAAUGUGAUGGCAUGUAAUAGCGAGGGUCCUGCCUUUAGCAGUGGUCAAUCUUGCGUAACAAGAACAACACCACCAACGUGCAAUCAAUCAAAAACGGGUGGAAGCAUGUCGCCGCGCGUGCAACGACGCGCUAUUAAAUUGGCAACGGAAAUAAAAAUCUGUUACAAUGACAUGGACGCUGAUGAAGUGGCUGAUGCAGCUUCUAGUUAUCGUGGCAAUAAGGGUGACAUGUGUGCCGUUGACAAGCAUGAUUUGCGAGCUGAAGCAGUAACAGCCCCAGUAAGAGCAGCAGAGCAACAAAAUAAGCCACGCACAUACCUAUCAAGUGAGAAAGCUUCGGGCGGGAAGUCUAUUAAAAAGCGACAGUCAAGUGAUCUGGAACAUAUACCGCUGCCACCGACGCCGCAAGUUGGUAAAGAGGAGGCACCUGGAGGAAAGCAGCCGACAAGGUGUAAAAUUAGUGACUUUGGCUCAACGCGAACGUUUGAAUUGCAAGGUAAUAAAAAACAGAUACAGCAUCAACAUCAACAGCAACUCCAGACAUGGAAUCAGCACCGUCGCAGUAGCAGUGAAAGUAAUUUGAAGCAACAACCGCCGCAUUCCGCACGCAUCAUACCUAUCGAGUUGGAGCAGCAAAGUGUGGCAGAGCGUAUGGGUAAAAAGCAAGCGCCACCACGUCGCGAUCUUAGCACCGUUAGCGCGGACCAACUCUACGAUGAUGCUUGCAUCUACUUGCGCUCAAUAGAUUUAGAUGAUCGUACAGUCGCAUAUAUACCGGCCGCCAUCACGAUAGUGCCGUCACUGACCGAUGAGAUUUCGCAACAAAGGACUGCAGGCGACCAGUCUCAGAACCUCAAAGCGGGCAUAGUAACAAGGCGAGCGCUAGAAAAACCUAGAGCCUGCUCCACGGGUACAUCAGCUCCAAUAUCGCCAACACCUCAGCCACCCGUUACUCAGCGUAACUCUUCGCACACCAUCACCAGCGUGCCAAGGCAAAUAUUGCAUAAAAAGGCAGCGGAGAAAAAUGUAUCGAAAAUGCCAAUAACAGCAGCGAGCGGCUUUGAUGGCCACGACGAUGCAACCACCAAUGAAAGUGUAAAGCAGUCAAUUGCCGGCAGUAGUAGUAAUCGCAAAAAUAUUAAUAACCAGUGCGCCAAUGGUUCCGAUAACAUGCAAAAUAUGCCAACACCGCCAAAUAAAGCACAUUCUGGGCACGCCACACAUGCAACCCAAUCGCCCGUAUACAAAAUCUUUGGCCAACUAUCGGGCACAGAGCAGCCGCUGAGCAAUACAGCAGCAACGCGUAAUCGCCAACCACAACAGCAGCUAAAAGUAGUGGGAAAAGUCAGCGAAAAUAAAGGUACCACAACCAAAAUGCAAGUAGGCCAACAUAGCCAACAAAGACAGCGAUCCGAACGCCCUCGUGGCAUUUACUAUACUGACGGCGAAUAUUUGUAUGGGCCCUUUGGUGAAUUAGCUGGUGAGUGUGAAACUCCGAGCACAUCAGGAAUGGAGGCAGCCACCAGCGACAGUAAACAAACUUGCGUUGAUGAAAACGAGUGGCAAAUGAGCAGCAAAGAAAUGAAAACCCGGCAGCAACAGAAAAUCGCGGGCUUCUUUGCGGCCAAGGAAGAGCAGCAUGCGCGCUCAAAGCGCAUGAUGAAGGCGACAACGGCAGCUCCAACGACAGUGUCAGAUCUAAUAGCAGCGUCAGCACCAGAGCAACAGAAGGAAAAUGCCGCAGAAAUUGCGGCGCUCGAGGCAAAAUAUGGGCUAUUUCAGCAAUCCAUUGCAGAGCACCUUAAACAGAUUGACACGUAUAUGGAAAAUGCAAAAGUGGCGCUUAAUCGUAGCUUGCCGCAACAAAUACUUGUAGAUAAACCAAAAAAGGUCGGAGAACAGGAGCAGGCUAUGCAGCAGAGAAACUCAUCACAGCAACCAAUUUUACACAAAAUCGAUAUCCAACCGAGGCAAAUUCAGCUACUAGAUCAACAGGUCACUUCAACCGUACCGCCACUCGAGAGUCCCUUACAAACGCUCGCUCGCCAGUUAGUGCACAAACAAGCAAUGCUUGUUGUUAGCGCCAAUGAUGAUAAUUUACAGGCAAUAGAAGAACACAGAUGCCCUCUUGUGCAGGAGAAUAUGCCUGUGGUUGAGCAAGCACUGCAGGAUUUAUCCGCAGUAAAGGUAGAUGACACUCAGACUGUAGGCAAAGUAGCACAACUGGUUGCCAAACAUGUGCAGAGCUCAGGCGGCCAAAUAGCAGUAGAUAGCAGUGUGCUACAACCAUUAAUGCAACGCCUGAUUGCGGCUCCUACUAUCGACACCAUCACCGCCACCGCACCCAGCACAACGGACCGUAGUGAUACUGAAGAAGUGCUGGCAGUCGAACAUCACUUUAUGCCCACGGCGGCAAUACCAAAACGUGUUACUAUAUUGGAAAAUCUUGACGAUGUGAUUGCAGCAACUGGGCACAAGCCAACUAAUAUCGUUCUAAUUGAAAUGGACGACGAUGAUAAGGUGCAUAAUGUUAACGAUAAGGUGGCAUUGGUAAAUGGCAAAAUUGAUGACAACAAUAAUUGCGCACACUUAGCCGAUGACAGCAGCAUUAAUGAUACCGCUGAGCUGGAGAAAACCGAAACCAAUAGUGAAGUGGUUGAGACCAGUGAAAAUCAGAAUUUCGAGAACUUUAGCUUGUCCUCUAAAGGCAGUGCAGAAAUAAUGGGAGGACGUGUAGAUAUCAUUGAACAUACGGCUGAUGACAGAAGCUCGACAAGGGUGGGUGCUAAAGCAAGAACAAAUGUGAAAAUACCGAUAACGGGCGAGGCGACAACUUCAAUUUGCGCCGCCCCCGAGCAUGUUGUCGAUGUUGUAGCCAAUUAUGAGCAACUAGGGCAGUUGCAACAAUUCAUGCCAAAGGCAACCACAGCAACUUCAAUGAAGCACGAACUGAAACAUAAACAAUCACUUCAACAACAACAACAGCGACAGGCUUAUACUAAAGCGCAACCAGAUACUCGAGUGAUUGCAGCAACUACAAAAUCUGCACCUACCACGCCAGUGUCAAGGCGACGCACAACUUCCAUUGCCGUAGAUGAGUCAACAACUAGCAAAACCACAGCACCGCAAAAGCAGGAACAACACGCACGCCUGCAAAAGCAAGUUCCGCAGCCGCCAAUACCGCCGCCACUACCAACCCCACCGCUUCGUGCAGGCAGCUUGCCGAAGGAUUUAUGCAAAAAUGUGGUUUCAGGUUAUAUUUCCACGCAUCAGUCGCAGGAACAGCUAGUCGAGCAAGUAUAUGACAUGCUGCAACUGGAAACGACGUUGCAUAAAGAAAAAGAGGUGAAACUGGAGCAAGAGCAGCAGCAGCAUCACAAUCAAGCACAAGACAAGCGUAAACAAGAGACCAGCAAUCAGCUUAGAACCGGCGUUAAUACGAAAACCUCAAAUCAAAAUCGGGACCAAAAUGCGUUAGUUGGAGAACAACAGCAAGCAGCAUUAUAUGAAACUCAACAACUAAAUCAACAGCAAUCAGCAAUUUUGCCAAUAACGAAAAGUAAGCGAAAAUCAUCAAGCUCAGCAGCAAGCAGCAAUGAGAAUGUCACUGCACGGCCAGAUACAAAAUCAGCGUGCAACUCCAUAUCAGCAGCAUCGGCAGCAGUAACCGCUUUAGCGACACAAAAGAGCCGCAAGCAAGUGAUUGCUGGGCGACGCGGCAAAUUAACGCUGCAUAUUCAGGACAACGCCAAAAGUGCGAGGGUGGCUGAGAGCAUGGACACUUUCGAUACAUACAAAGCCACCUACGAAAUACCGAGUCCUUAUUUUAAACAGCAUAUAGCUUGGCAGUCAAUGGUGGAUGGGCCACAAAAAAUAGUAAAAAGUGUUGUUGGCACCGAAUAUGCCGCCACUACAGAUGGUGUAGGCAGACAACAAGAAGACAAUGAAGUGCAAAUUGAUGCAGUUAGCCAUACAAUGGCCCAAGAGGCAAUAAGUGACAAUACUCAGUCCCAUGCGCCACUACAGUCAGUCAAACAGCAAUCAACGACUUCGCGCUUGUCCCCAGUAAAACCAUUUGCAAGUGAGCACUCACGCAGUCGCUCUGCCAGUCCGCGUACAAAUCGUCAAGCCAGCCGCUCGCCUAUACGCAAAUAUCCCGCUGCACUAAUUGAACCUCAUGCGCUCACACGCGCUGCCUCACCUUUCGGACUCAAUCCGCUAGACAUUGCAGAAUUGAUUGAUGGCGUUGCACACAAUAGUGCUGCCGCUGAUGCAGCUAGCGAUGGCGAACAACACAAAACUUUGAAGAUAGCUGUAGGCACUCCAUUGAGUUCUACCAGUACCGCGCAGAAAAAUUUGGGCGAGUUUGUGCCACAAUUGGAGGGCCACAAUGUUGGUUUAUUGGUGCGUGCGCCCAUCUCAUCACAAACUCAGCAAGAGCAAGCACAGCAGCAGCAAAAGAUCGCAUUGCCUACCAUGGCCACACAAAACGUAGGAAUGUUUCAAAUUGAAACGGACAAUGCACUCACGCACAGCGCAGUCACGCAUUAUGUUGAUGCAGAGGCUAGUACUGACGAUAACGAUGGUGAUGUGAAACAGCAACAAUGUACAGUUGGGAUUAAGUUGCAACGCCAAUACAACAAAAUUCACCGAAUGACUACACCUACCCCAACUUCAACUCCAUUUAACACAUCAGUCUCGUCAUCGUCAUUGUCUUCGUCAGCGCAUUGUGCACGUGCACGUAGUCUUCAUUCGAUGGUGGAUAAAAAGGCACAUGAUCCGGAGCCCAGUGCAACAAUAGAAAUAACACACGACAUACAAACACAUGCUCAUACUGCAACAAACCCACAAACACACGCAAAAAUUGACAGCAGUGCGACUGAUUUAACCUGCACCGCAACUGGAAAAUUACAAAUGCCGGUUCAGGGAUAUCACGGCCAACAACAGCAACAGGAAGUUGUGCUGGGCGAUGACAGCCAGCAGCAAAGUCUAGAUAUGAUUGGGAAGCCUGCAGUAGCAUUGCAUCACCAGUGCACCGCACUGCCACGUGAUAGUGGCAUAAUUAAUCGCUCAUUUGACAAUGUUUCACCGCGUCCCUACAUCACUGUCGAAGGUUACAAGCGCGUUGCUUGGCCACCCGUAUCGGAGGAGCGUGUCGUUAGAGAAUUUACGCCACAACCAACUUCUGCUCAUUAUCCCGUAUCUGGUCAGCAACAACCAGCUGAACAGCACCAACCACAACACUUGCAGCAGCAGCAGCAGCCAUCUAAUUAUCAACAACAACAACCGAACGCUGCGCCAGCCAACCAGGGGCCUAUUUAUAAUAACGUCAGUCGUGCUACCCGCCAAAAUUCACCUUACCCUGGCCAACAACAACCACUACAGCAAAGUUAUCAACAAUCACCACUACAACAACCCCAACCACAACAACAACAUUAUGAACCACCCAUACAAUACACCCAAGCACAAUUUAAUCGCCAGCCCUCACAUGAGCCAGCUGGUCCACCGUACGGACAGCCCAUAAACGAAACUUAUGGACAACCGCAACAACAACAACAAUAUCCCCUAAAUUACACACCUGAACAGCAAUAUCCACAACAACACUGUGAACCUAGUUCAACAUCUGCUUGGAAACCAAUCCGUGCACCAGUACCUAAGACUCAUAACGAAUUUGUAAUAAGUCCUGUACGUAGCGGUAACGCUGAGCCAUUUUAUCCAAGCUACGGGCAACAGCAGCAACAACAACAACAACCGACUCAACAGUAUCGUGCGACAUCAUACGAUCAAUAUCACCCGCAACCCCAACAAUAUCAGCCACACCAGGGUUCACAACCUCCUUUUAGCCAGCAGCCCCAUUAUCAGCCACAGCAGCAGCAGCAACAACCGUCUUGGGCUCACAAUCAGCCAGCCCAACAGUAUCAGCCGGUGCAGGCGCCUUAUCCACAGGCACCGCCCCAACAACAACAACAAUAUCAAGCGCCUCCUCCAUCUAAUUAUCAAUCGCAACCAUAUCAUCAACAACAAUAUCAAGCACCUCCUCAACAACAACAAUAUUCGAGUGUGCCACAAACCAAUCAAUAUAAUUCUUAUUCACAGCCCCAACAACAUCUUGGUCAAGACCAGCCUGAUCGGCGUGCACCAGUUCAACAACAACAAGCACAGCCUUUGCCACAAGACUAUCGCGGCGGCAGUCCUGGUAUUAUAACGCUGCGCAAGGAGGCACCUGUUACACAAAAGCCUGCACCUGUUUACAACGCGCAACCAGCGGCCAUUAGCUUUCAAGGAGGCAGCAAGAUGCGCGGAGACUUGAAGUGGCCACCACCGGAAUACAAGGAAGCCGCGGUACGUGCAAAUGAAGAGCGCCGCCAACUGGCUUUGGGUCCGGUAUGCCGUCCACGAAAAGUCAAUCGGGACUACUCACCGUUCUUUGCGAAAAACGCUCUGAACAGCUACUAUCCCAGCUACAAAGUACCACCAGGCACACAGCACAUGUUGGCCUAAAAACAUGAACUACACAAAAGGAAUAAAGACCCCUGGAAAAAAUGAUGAAACAAAAUAUAUCCAAAAUAUAAAAAAACUCACAAAAAAAUAUUUUACGUAAAACAGAGAAAUUUAACGAAAAAAAAUGUUACUAAUUGUACAUUUCAACGAAAAGAAAGAACAUCAACUAAUCACGAACUAACCAAUCCCCAUGGUCUCUCAUGGGUAAAAACUAAAGAAUUUUAUUUAUAUUAUUACAAAUAUUAAUAAUGAAGCAUAAAAAAUCAAAAAAAAAAACCACGCCAAAUAUAAACUAACGAAUUUUGUUCUCAAAUCUGUACAUGGUGAGUCAAAAAGAUUAAAAUAUAGGAUAAAUAAGAAUCGUUGAAGAAUAAACGAAAUGCUUUGGAGUGAGUGAAAAACUCAGUGAAGUUCGUUUGCUGAUCGGAUGUGCUCAACGAGGCUGGGGUACGUUAAAAACUGCAAUAUGAUACACGGUACUUGACACCUACAACAACUACGCGUGCCACUGAUCCAUUGAAACACAUGCCUGUGAUAGCGGAAAGGAACAGAACCACUGAAGCACGAAAAUAUUUUAGCUGUUUAUUUAUUUAGAAGCAAACAAUUCAUAAUAAUUUAUGAAUUUUUUUUUUUUUUUCUCCCUUAAACUUAACAAAACGAAUGUGGUGAAUUUGUUGAACUGUCGGCGUUCAUAUUUAUGUGCGCAAGUGCAUAAGUUGAAUGACGGCAGAAAAAUUGAAAGUUUAAACAACUUAGUUGUAAGAAAAAACAAACGACGUCCACUCGAUGUAAAUUAGUAUUGUAUACAUAAAUACUUGGACACCUACGAGAGGUGAGAAAACUCGCACCUUUAGUGGGUGAAAAACGUACAAUAGCAUUCUAUAAAGACCGAAUGCAGGAAAAUGAGUUUUCAAAUUAAAACAAACGGAAAUACCAAUUAUGGAAGAAACAGAGUUAUUACAACUUUAAACUGAAAACUAAAAAACUACAAAAACUCGGUAACGAACUUUGGCUUAUUGAUCUAUGGAUGUAAUGAUUUUGACAUAAUGGAUGAUUUUUUUUUUAUUGCAAGAAACUUCUUGGAAAUAAACUUCUAAGAAGUCGUAUUUAAUUUGUUUUCUAACUUAUUUAAUAUUAUUAAAAUGCAAAAACUUGCAACAUAUUUUAUUUACUUUGAUUUUAAACUUGUUAUUGCAUAAUGAAAAAAAACACAAAAAAAGUUAAUAAAUAUAAAUAAUAUAUAAUAUAUUACCAAAUAUAUUAAAUAUUAGUUUUCUCCAUUUAUUAUUAAGUAAAAAAGAGCAUACAAAUUAAAAAGAGCAUAAGCAACCUGUUAUACCAACAACAACAGGUUGCCUACCUUAGACGUAAGCGUAAUAAUAACUUAGAGCAAAAAAAAUAUUAGAUUUAGGGACACAUAAUUAAAGGAGCAGCACACAUGCCCAAUUGAGGUUUGUGUGUGUUAAGAAUCACUAAGAUAUAUUUACACAUGAAUACACAAAUGUGGAAACUAUGUAACUACUUAUACACAUAGUUAUUGGAAGCUUAUAUAAAUUAUACUUAUUAUAAAAAAUACAUCAUACGAAAUUGGACAAAAAAAGAGCGAGAACCAAAAACUAAAAAAACAUGUCAAAAAAAUUAUCGCAUUACCUCAGUGUUGCGCCAUUUGUUCUUUUGGCAUGGCUAGCCGCGGCAAGUGAGUGCUCGCCCUGUAGGCUAUAACUUUUUAACACCGACGAUGCCAAUAUAGCCUUUAGGGCACACCCACUUGCUUUAAGUUCGCCAUGCACAAUUGCACCAAUGUGCCAUGCACACUGAACAUUGUAAAAUAUGAAUUUAUGAUAUUCAUCUUUUCAUUAAUCAAACACACAUCUCAGCAAUUAAGCACAUAUACGCACCCUCUGUGUGUAUUUGUAUUUUUUUGCUCUCGAAACGAACUACCGGCUAAUUCGAACUGGCUUUACGACUGGAUUAUGACAAAAAAUAUCAAAUGUUAUUGGUUCAAAAAUAACAAACUCGAACAAUGUACAUAAAUACCUACACAUAGCGAAUGAUUUGUGCUCAAACCUAAAUCAUUCAAUAUGAAAACACGGAAAAUUCUACAAAAAAAAAACAUAUAAUAUAACAAAACUGAGAUUGAUAUAAUAAUAACUGUGAACAUUAUUACACAAAAUAAUAUACGCUCGAUAUCGAAUUGGUACUUUUACUACACUCUAUAAAAUUCGUAAUAUAUUAUUAUAAUUAUCAAACACAAAAAAAACACAAAAAAAUUUAAAAUUCAUUAAUAUUUGUGGAGCAUUGUUCAUUUUGAACUCCUCUGUUCUGAAUUUCAAUGUUUUGCAACACUGGCAUAAAUAACACCUAAUUGCUUAUUAAUAAAAUCUAAUAUCUGAAUUCUCCAAUUAACUGUACAUUGUGAACGAUGUGAUUAGUUGAUGGAUUAAGAAGGUACACAAUUACAUUAGCUCAAGAAUCGAUGAACUUAAAUAAAUGUAAAUCUGUACAUCUCUCUGACCAACCGGAGAAAUAAAAA